AACUAUAAAAUUGAUAAAAAUUUGGAUAUUUUUUUAUAUUUGUCAAAAAAGAAAAAAGAAAAAAGAAAAAAAGAUAUUGGAUGCAGUUUGGGCAGUGGUGGGCUUUGAGGGCUUGUACCGGUGCAGUUAUGAGAGGCCCAAACACAUGCUACAAUAGACCAGUGUUAUCGUCCUUAAUCGUCAAAAGCUAUAUAGCUCAACAACAAAACCCUGACUGACAAGUUCCAGAAACAUCUAAACCACGCGCGUACCGAGCACUUAGUCUCACUCAAUCUCUCCGACCUAUGGCUAGGGUUCCGGGCAAGCACGGACGUGAUCAAGCUCUGGAUUUCCAGGGGUUUUUAAAUGACUUGCAGGAUUGGGAGCUUUCACUUAAGGAUAAUAAAGAUAAAAAAUUGAAGCCACAAGCUUCUCAUAAGAAAACCAGUGAGGAUAGCAGAUCAGUAGGUCAAACUUCUAUGUUUGCUUCAAGGAAUUUUGAUGCAAUUGAUCGUAUAUCUAGUAGUUUGAUGACUGAAGAAAGUGCAGUAGAUGCUACUUCAGAGAAAGAACUGGGCAAUGAGUACUUCAAGCAGAAGAAGUUUAAGGAAGCUAUUGAAUGUUAUUCAAGAAGUAUAGCCCUGUCGCCAUCAGCAGUUGCCUAUGCAAAUAGGGCAAUGGCUUAUCUUAAAAUCAGAAAAUUUCAAGAAGCUGAAGGUGACUGUACAGAGGCCUUGAAUCUAGAUGACCGCUACAUAAAAGCAUACUCCCGACGAGCAACUGCUAGAAAGGAGUUGCGAAAAUUUAAGGAGUCCAUGGAGGAUUCUGAGUUUGCCUUGAGGUUGGAACCUAACAACCAGGAAAUAAAAAAACAGUAUGCUGAGGUCAAAUCUUUGUAUGGAAAGGAGAUUCUCCAGAAGGCACCUGGAGCAGUAAGCAGCUCUGUACAUGGAGUGCAGAAAGGAGGAAAAUCAGAUACAAAAGUUAAUGCUUAUGGGGUCAAUUCUGUCUCAAACAGCACUCAGGGGACUGGAAUAUCUACCGCUCAAAAGGAUAAGAUUAAGGGGAGUGAUGAAGAGGUUCUUGUGAAGAAAUCCCCAUCAGUGGAGGAGAUAAAAGACAAAAGCUCAGAAGCUGGUAGCAAAACUGAAAGUCGACAAGUGAAUGGUUCUCAUGCUGAUGCUACUUUGACUUCUCAGAAGAAGAGUGUUCAGGGACAUGGUAGAAUGAGAAAGCAAGAAUUCAAGGCCUCAGUACAAGAGCUUGCUUCUCAGGCAGCUUCUCGGGCUGCGACUGAAGCUGCAAAAAAUAUUAGCCCUCCUAGUUCAGCUUAUCAAUUUGAGGUUUCUUGGCAAAGCUUUUCUGGUGAUCGUGCAUCGCAGACUCGCCUCUUGAAGGCCACAUCUCCAAGUGCAUUACCACAGAUAUUCAAAAAUGCAUUGUCUGCUCCAAUGUUAAUUGACAUCAUCAAAUGUGUUGCCACUUUUUUCGUUGAUGAUAUGAAUUUGGCUGUUAAAUAUCUUCAGAACUUAGCCCAAGUCCCAAGAUUCAACAUACUUAUCAUGUGUCUUUCAGCUGCAGAUAAGGCUGAUCUCCUCAAGUUAUGGGAUGAAGUUUUUUGUAGUGAGGCAACGCCAAUUGAGCAUGCUGAGAUUCUUGACAACUUGCGAACUAAAUACUGCCUCAAGUGAUCACAGGUGUAUGUAUAUAACAAUAUUUGGGUGUCAUACUUGCCUUUCCCUAUGCUUAUGUUCAUUGUAAAUUAUUGGUUAGAUGACAAGAUCCAUUGAUCAUUUGUUAAUAUAUGAAUGAGAUUCUUGUACUCUGGUUCCGCAACCUCUUUUUUUUUCUUUCAUUGUGUUGAUAUCAAAUAUACAUCUGAAAGUUAAAAUCCUGAUCAUAGAUACAUUAAAUGAAUGGUUCUCCAUAUCUGCAUGUCACAAAAGGUUGAAGUGGACGGAUAAAGAGUACGUGAGAAUUGACCUCACACCAUAACUCUUGUGAUUAAUGAUAUCAGUAGUGUUACAAGUACCUCUUUUCCAUGUUACUUCUAUCUUACCUAAUGUGACAUAAUAGUUUAAAUCUUAAUUCUUUGUGCUAAAAAUUCACAGGCGGUAUGGAUUUUGACUGAUGAUGCGACAUCAAAUUAGAUUUAAAGUGGUAUGAGUAGUGCAAUUUCGUAAUAGAAGUGAUAAUGUAACAUCAACUUCUUCCUUUUCCUAACUUGGAGUUUACUGUAUAUUUUAGGUGGAACAUAACUACAAUCCUUGAUCCUAUAGAAUCAUGAUCAAGUAAAAAGUAGACGCAACUAAAUGAGCUGCCAUCACUAAUUCCCACUGGUUUCCGAAUGAUUUGAGCAAUGAUUGUAUUAUGUAUUCCAGGAUUUUGUUUUAUUUCCCCAUUUCUUUGUUUUCCAGGAGAAAUGUAAAUAAUUUGAACCCCCCAAAAAAACUGUACAUUCAAAAUCAUCAGGAUAUCCUGGGAUAGUGGAAUUCAUCUAUUUAUAUCCUUGGCUAGUUGUGAGAAUUUCUUUUUAAUUUUAUCAAUAUAUUCCUCUAAUUAUAGCUGUAGUUGAUUGGUGUGAUCUGCUAACGGAAUCUAAUAUGGAUUUUAUUAGAUUUUGAUUUCGGAUUUAUUAGUCUGUGGCUUUGAAUUAAAUUUUAUUGUUUGGUACAUGUGUAGCAAGCUUGAGGUAUUUCCAUUGCAUCCAAUUUGUCAGAGUUGUACAUCUUCCACAUGCAGGAGAGCUGAGAGCACGGCCUGCAGGUUGGUGCCAUUAUUUUUGUAUUCUUCAUAGCCAUUUAAAUAAUUAUCUAUGCCCUUUUCUACUCUCUUAUCUCAUAAUUCUGAAGCCUGGCCAAAUUCUACUGAUCAAUCAUGGUCACAUUCGUUCACUGGCUGGCCAUGAUUUAUACCCACCAUGACUUUUCUUCACCAAUCAUUUGGUAAUUUUUGUUGUUGGCAGUUGUAUUAUUGUUGCUCUUUCUCAUCAUGGAGCCAAGAUGUAUUAAUCACCUCGUUAUCCUUCAUGAUAAUGUUGAUUUACUCGAGGAAUGUAUUCAACUACAAGUGGAAUUAAAUUAAUUUUUCCUUGAAUCAUGACUGAGAUUGAUGUUUUCUUAAGCCAAAAGCUUAUUUUUCCACCAAAUCAAGAUCGGAUGACUGUAACGGUUCCCGGACA